GCGUCGGUCUUUCUUUACAGUUUGCCACAGAUUUUGUACGUUUCUUUUUAAUGGGUAUCGCCAACCCUGCUGGUGGAGAUCAACAGGAAACAACCAGUGAUCGUAAUGUUUUCUAACGAGCCACAGUGCUAAGUGGCUAAACCGAGCGAGCCGGUGUCAGGGUCUCGGCACUCCCCGAGUCUGAGCGGAAACGCGGGAUUUGACUAAUCGGCCAUGUUUGUAAGCAGGGGUCAUGGAGGUUGAUGACAUGACCAAGGAGGAGCUUCAGAUGUGGAUCAGGGAGAAGGUGAAGAACGCCACGAUGGACUCUCCUGAAAUGUUGAAGAAAUGCAACGUGCUGCAGUCUCUUCUGAGAAGGCGAGAAAAAAAGGCUGCACAUUUCCUGAAGCUCUGCCAUGCAAAAUGGGAGUGGCAAAAGGAAACUGGAUGAAGACAGAAAGGCAGAAAGGGAAGCAAGUUAUCGUUCUCUCUAUCUAAAGAAAGAAGCAGUUGUAGUGUUGACCAGAUAUCCUGAACAUAAACUCGGGACUCUACGUUCUUCGUCGCCUGUGCAGUAUAGCUCUGAUUAUUCCGUGAGCAGUUUUGAUUCUGAUACAAGGUGGGAACCAAAAGACGCUUCAACUGAUGAUGAUUCUGAUUCUUUGAUGUCACAUUCAUCAAGCAAGAGGAGAAAAAUGGAACAGAAACCUGGAAAAUCUACUAAGGACCAUGAAAAGAGAUCACAAACUUUACAAACAAACAUUAAAAUUAAAACCAAGACUGGUGCAACAACAACAACAACAUGUGCUCCACAAGCAAGCGCCAGUACCAAGACUGGUGCAAAUAACACUUCAUCACUACAGGAAACCAAAGCCAAGACUGGUGCAACAACAACAUGUGCCCGUCAGGCAAGUGCCAGUACACAGACUGGUGCAGAUAAAACUUCAUUGCCGCAAUCAAGUACAAAUACCAUUGCCAAGACUGGUACAAAUAAAGCUUCAUCAUUACAGGAAAGCAUUAAAACUCAAGCCAAGAGUGGUGCAACAACAACAUCUGCCCCACAAGCAGGCACCAGUACCAAGAUUGGUGCAAAUAAAGCUUCAUCAUUACAGGAAAGCAUUAAAACCCAAGCCAAGAGUGGUGCAACAACAACAUCUGCCCCACAAGCAGGCACCAGUACCAAGAUUGGUGCAAAUAAAGCUUCAUCACUACAUGAAAGCAUUAAAACCCAAGCCAAGAGUAGCGCAACAACAACAACAUGUGCCCAACAAGCAGGCACCAGUACCAAGAUUGGUACAAAUAAAGCUUCAUCACUACAUGAAAGUAUUAAAACUCAAGCCAAGAGUGGUGAAACAACAACGUGUGCCCCACAAACAAGCGCCAGUACCAAGACUGGUGCAAAUAAAACUUCAAUGCCGCAAUCAAGUGCAAAUACCAGUGCCAAGACUGAUGCAAAUAAAGCUUUAUCACUGCAGGCAAGCGCAAACAGUGAAGGGUCUGCACAAACUGUAACUGCUCAACGUCAAGCCCCUGAAGAACAUCCCAAGUCUGCUCCUGUAUUGUACCGUAUAAAACAAAAAAUCAGUGUGGGCAUGACAGUCUUGGCCAGGAGGAAAGCCCUAAACUGGCAACGGGGAAAGGUCUUAGUCAUCAUAACAGAUGAAGAUGGAAAUGUAAAGUACCAGAUUAAUUUUGAUGACAAAAAGAAGCUCGUAUCAGCACACCACAUUGCCUCAGACACCAUACCCGUUGUGGAACAGACGUUCGUAGGAGCUCGUGUGGUGGUCAGGAAACGAGAUAACGAAUCACAGUUUUUCCCAGGUGUCCUGGCAGAUGUCCCCAGUAGAGCUAACCGCAUGAGGUUCUUGGUCUUUAUGGAUGACCACACUCCAAUAUACGUUGGCUUGCCUUUACUUCGUCUGUUGUAUAAACCACCGGAAAACGUGGUGGACGACAUUCCGGCAGGCAUCCACAAGACUUUCAUGAAAAGUUACUUGAAGGAUUGGCCGUUCCCGCAGGUGAUCCAUUUCCGCGUUGGCCAGACAAUCAGUGUGGAGCGGAAUGGCGCCUACAGGAAGUGCGAGGUCCAGCAGGUGGACUGCCUUUUGGUGAAGAUUUGUUUUCAGGGAGAAGAUGAACAUAAAGAGUGGCUUCACCGCGGCUCUUUCCGUCUGGAAGCCAACAUGUCGAAAUUUGCGGAGUUGGAGGCCAAGGAGAAUGCAACAAAAGAUACGUCACAGACUACAGGCGCACGGUCGAAGUCGAGAUCGAACCAUAAGGAUCCACCACUGUCUGAGCACAGCGCACCACAGUCACAAGCAGAAACAAACACAAGACGAAGAGGAAGAAAAGCGCGAAGCCCAGGUCAACGUCCACCUCCAGCUGGUUCGCAGCACGCCGAGAAGCCUGGUCCAUGACCGCCGAUUCGUCUCCAAUAGGAGGACUUCUGCACCUGGGGAUUAGUG